GAUGCUAUUGGGCGAGAGGAGUUGCUCGCAGUUUCCAUCUGGAAGAAGUGCUGGGAGUGUUGAUGGUGCAUGUGUUCUCUGAGGAUUAGGUAUGACUUCGCUGGCUUCCAUAGAUCCGUCAGUGUAUCAGCCGACGCAGUUGCUCAACUGGGUGUACCUUACGCUAGCAGACCAGCCCCAGACCAAUGAUCAGACUAAGUAUGGAAUGUCACCCAUAUAUAACGGGCUCCCUAAUUCCACCAGUUACGGCGGCUACACAAAUGGUGGAUACAACAGUCCGGUGGGGACGAUAAACGAGCUCACAGACCUUUUCAAUGAUCUCAGUUUUGAUUGCAACAAGCCCACGAAAAGACCCCCACCGAGCUAUCUGUGUCACCUGUGUUUCAAGAAAGGACACUACAUAAAAGAUUGCCCUCAGGAUUGUCUGUUGUGUGCGCAGGCGAGACCGAAGGGGGAGGGACUGACGCCGUACCAGGGCAAGAAGCGCUGCUUCGGAGAGUACAAGUGCCCCAAGUGCAAGAGGAAGUGGAUGAGCGGGAACAGCUGGGCCAAUAUGGGACAGGAGUGCAUCAAGUGCCACAUCAACGUCUACCCACACAAACAGAGACCUUUAGAAAAACCUGAUGGCUUAGACGUCUCUGAUCAGAGCAAAGAACACCCCCAGCACCUGUGUGAGAAGUGCAAGACAGUUGGUUACUAUUGCAGACGAGUUCAGUAAAGGAUUUUAUGGAUGUUCAUAGAUUAGGUGCCUCUUUUCUUCCCCGAAUGUUGUUUGUGAUUCCUUCAAGUCAGGUAGAUGAACCAUUUUCUGCUAAAAAUCGACUGUAAAUUUAAUGCAAAAGACAUGUUUAAAUCGACAGUUAAAUGCUUCGAUGAAUUAUAUAUAUAUAUUUCUGUGCCUAUUUGUAUGGGACAAACAAAAGGGGAUAUAGAGAUGCGUAUCUCAUAGUACAGCAGUAAUCUCCGUUCUAGUCAAAUCUGUUAGCCUAGUCUUAGCUUAAAUAAGGUUAAGUCUUGAAAUAGCGCCAUUUUAUAAGUAUUCCAUGUAUUAAAAAUGUAACAAUUUUAUACACAUUUUAAUAUUGCAACAUGUUAGACGUCAAUGAAUCGCAAAGUAACCGAAACAUGAAAAAUCACUCAUUUUCAUAUUUUUAUAUUUAUGAACUUUAAUUGAGAAAUUAGAACACAAUUUAAAUUUUCUGAUAUUUAUCUGUUUCCUUCAGUAGUUAUGUCAAAACAAAGAGGGGAAUAUAUACUAUAACAAAAUUUCUCUUACACUUUUUCAAAUUUUUUUUUCCAAAUUUUAUAAAAAUAUUUUUUUUCAAAUAAUCAAAAAUUGAAUCAUAUUUCUAAUAUUCACUAUUUUUUUAACAAAUAUUUUGUUUAAUUUAAAAUGAUUCAAUAUUAACAAGUGAUAUUAUAUUGAAUUAAAUAUAAUUUCAAAUAUUAUUUAUUGUUAUUUUUUUUAAUUCUCUGAUCAUAGCCGCGGAAAAUAAUGCCAAUAAUAGCAUAGAUCUGCUUUGUUUUAAAAAUUAAUCACAUCUGCCAUACGAUUGAAAACAAAAUGGAACAUUAGCGAAUUUUUUUUCAUUUUUCUGAAUUUCCAAGUAAUGUUUUAAUUUUUAGAUAGGAAAGAUGAUGUAAACAUUUUAUUUUAUAGGCGAUAAAACAGAUAAAAGGCUUAAAUGACUUGCUAAGUUUAUAUAUCUUGGAAAAAAUAUGCUGACUUUAAUCAUUAAAUGUAUUAUGUAUAUGACGUUUACAGUAUUAGAUCCUUUUUAUGUGUAUAUUGUUGAAUUUUUUCAAAAGAAAAGAAAUAUUCAUGUACUUGCAUCCGACUAUUUUGUACCUUAUUCUUUAAUUCUUGGGUAGAAACUUUUAUAUUCUUUGUAUGAAAUUUAGAUUAGAAGUUUAGCUUUUUUUAUAUGAUUCUGGUCGAAAAUACAAAAUAAGAUAAAUAUUUACAUGAAAUGGUAAACUUGACCAAAAUAACAGUUCUGUGUUAGAUUGAAAAUGUGUGCCUUUGUAUUAACAUGUGCCUUGAAACUUUUACUAAACUUUCUUUUACAUUUCGACUUUCUAUUUUUGAAGUACUCUUUGUUUUGAAUUUUGUUAAAAACCUUUUUUUAUAUUUAUUCCUACUUUAAUUUUUAGUGAAACACAUGUCUGUAUUUUUAGUGGGUCUUAUUCUUGAUAUAGAUUAGUCUGUGUGAGCGUGCUGUUUUAUUCUUUGAGAAUUGUUUUCUAUUUGCUAUUUCAUCAGGUACAACAUUUUGUCAGAAUAAUUUAUAAGAAAAUAAUGUUAAAGGAUUCAUUGUCAUGUGAUUUUUGAUUCUAUGAUUUUGUUUGUUAGUAUAUCAAUGUAAUUUUGAUUUACAUUCUGGCUCUGUUAACAAUAAUGAAUAUUGAAUUGCUAAUGAAUUGUAUAUAUUAGUAUCUUUUACAAUUUGGAUGAAUUCUUUUGUAUAUUAUGGAAUUAUAUACAAAGAAAUUUCAUUUUAUUACGUUUAUUGUGGAUAAAAAGUCAAGAUCAAUGUUUACAAGAUUUAUCAAUAUUAUUUAUUAUGUUUAUAAUUGUUUUUAAUUUGAAGUUGUUGAUUUUUAUUCCUGCCUCAUAUAUGAAAAUAAAAUUAUCAAAUUAUAU